AAGAGAGACGACAGGAGAGGAGAGGAGCUCUACGCAAAACCUGCUCUGCCUCAUAGCCCUGGCCCUGCCAAUGGCAGCCUCUACGCCAGAGUGAGGAAGAGGAGUAGUGACAAAGGAGGUGAUAUGUUUCCCCAGGCAACCAGCGGCCCUAUCCCCAGUGACCUUGCCCUGUCAGCCAGUAGUGAUUCAGGCUUCUCUAUUGCCUCCCAGUGGACAGGGGUUAUUACUGCAGUGAGUCCCGGGAGAGGGCCCAGUGAGGACGAACGUACCCAGCAAAGGAGGCUUCUAUCUGGGGUUGGCCUGGAGAAGGCUCUGGAAAACAUGACAAAGCUCCCAGCCUCCAGUAAUGGAGAGGGGAAGAUGGACGGGGACAAGGAAGGCUUAGGGCAGCCUAUCAACGAGGAGGCCUUGCCCAGCGAGAGGGAGACAGACAUCCUGGAUGAUGACGAGUUUAUCCCUGAGGCUAGCCCUGCCUUGGACAGGCAUAGCUUAGCUAGCAUUGGCUCAUUGUCCUCUGAGAGCCUGCCUGAAGCCCAGCAAUUGGUCCAGAGUGGAAGUGGAUACUCCACCCCCUCCACCUACACCACCCAAUCAUGGGUGCAGCAGCAGCAGGCAGUCGACGCCCCAGAGGGGGAGGAGCAAACAGACCAGGGGUGGGACAGCCCUGUGGAUACACCUCCUCUGAUUGGUCCAGACACCCUGUCAGUUCCAGACAUGCCCAAUACGGGGACCAGCAGAAGAGAGGCAGUGCAGAGACGAGUGGAGGGUGGGGUGGGGGUUGAGAGGUCGCCUGUGCAGAUGGACAGUGACAAACAUUCCACACACACCACAUAUGCCACACACACCACACAUGUCCAACACAGUACACAUGCCUCACACACCACACACACACCCUUACCCUCAGGGGAACCCUGUGGGCAGGAGGAGCUUGCCUCGUUAGUAACAGACAUGGAUGAGUCCAUCGAGCAGCUCAACCGGUUGAUCCUUGACCUGGACCCCACCUUCAUACCUGUCCCCACCCGACAUCCCGCCCUCCCCCUAUCCCGCUCCGCCUCCCUCCACACCAAUGGGAUAAGCCAAACGACAACCCGCGCCAAUGCCAGCCAAUCAGGCUGGAAGCACAGACAGGCCAGUGAUGUCACAGAUUACCCAGGGUUCCAUAGUCUGGGUUGGAGCGGAGCCCAGACGUUCCAGAACUCUCUGAUCUUCAGGCCCAACCUUCUUCCCUCCCAGCGUGGCCGUCUCUACAGGAUGGAGGACUAUGAAGGACAGACUCCAGUGACGGAGAGCUGUGACAUCGUCCCACCCACACCAGCAUUUCCUGUUUCUCCUCCAACGCCCUAUGUGAAAAGUUGUCCAGUUGUCUCUUACAUGAGGCAUAGCAAGGGACAGUGGGAGAUGAGCAGAACAUCACAAGAUUCCCGAAGUUUCCUGGACAGUAGUAUGAACCAAACUCCAGCCUCGUCAAAUGGAGAGCUUUCCUGCUCGGAAGUGUCCUUCACUCCCGCCAGCUGUCAGAGAAUGUUCGGAUCCAUGCACUCUGUAUCGUCAAGGAGCACCCUCGCACACACAAACAGCCAAACCCCACCUCCAGUGUGGCUGGACAGGACUCCUAUGUCCCUGUCCUCCCCAUUCCUCCCCCCUUCCUCUCUUUCUCCCCUCAGCCUCCUCAAUGCACACAGAUCUCCCCUGGGGGCCCAGAGGGACCUGGAGGGGUCUGGGGGCCAGAGCCGGGGUGAGAGAAACCAGGAUGCCCAAAGACAGGGGGAUAUAGUCUCUCUGCUGCUGGGGAAUGAACAUCUUGGUCUGGAGGACAGCCUGUUGGAAGCUGUGGAGGGGCUGGGGGGCCUGGAUCUAGGCCUGGGGCUUGGAGAGGGUGGACUGACAGGAUUGCCACCCGUGCUGCCUGAGAAGAGGGUACCAGGGCUGGCUGGGUCCCGCUCCCCCUCUCUCAGUGGAUUAUCCAGCCCCCACAGUGGUAGUAGUCUCAGCAUCCCCUUCCCCUCAGCCAUGACCCCAGCCCCUUUCAGAGGACUCAGCCCUGGUGGUGGUGGUGGAGCCCCUUUGCCUGGAUCAGACCCGUUUUCCAGUAAGCAGGGCAAUGUGAAGUUUGUUCAGGACACUUCCAAAUUCUGGUACAAGCCUGACAUCUCCAGAGAUCAAGCCAUCGGUGUGCUGAAGGACAGAGAACCUGGAUCCUUCAUCGUCAGGGACAGUCACUCGUUCCGCGGAGCCUACGGAUUGGCUAUGAAGGUGGCCACACCCCCUCCCUCUGUCCUGACACAGAGCAAGAAAGUGGGUGGCGACCUAUCCAAUGAACUGGUUAGGCACUUCCUGAUUGAGUGCACACAGAAAGGGGUGCAGCUUAAGGGCUGUCCCAAUGAACCCUACUUUGGAAGUCUGACUGCGUUGGUCUGUCAACAUUCCAUUACCCCUUUGGCCCUGCCCUGUAAACUCAUCAUCCCCGAAAGAGAGACCAGUGAUCCCUCAACGCAGUCAGUAACCAACUCUGCUGCUGAGCUACUCAAACAGGGAGCAGCUUGCAGUGUGUGGUUCUUGGGCUCAGUAGAGCUGGAGUCUUUGACAGGGUACCAGGCUGUACAAAAGGCAGCCAGUCUGACUCUGGCCAUGGACCCUCCUCCAACCUCCACUGUGGUUAAUUUCAAAGUCUCAACACAGGGCAUCACUCUCACCGACAAUCAGAGGAAGCUGUUCUUCAGGAGACACUACACCGUCAAUACCGUCAUUUUCUGUGCCCUUGACCCACAGGUCCGCAAGUGGACAAGAGAUGGCUGCUCCUCUGCUAAGAUCUUUGGUUUUGUGGCGAGGAAGUCGAUGAGUGGGACGGAGAAUGUGUGUCACCUGUUUGCUGAACACGACCCCGAACAACCUGCCAGUGCCAUCGUCAACUUUGUCUCCAAGGUGAUGAUUGGAUCACUGAAGAAAUAAGACUUGGACACUCACACUCACACUCACACUCACACCACACCACACACAUACAGUUUGUCCUGCUGGUACAUACUGCACUUAAAUGCCGAUGUAAAGACUAAUGUGUUGCAUUAUGGUAAACUACCAGCAGAGGGCAGCACAGUAGCAACAUCUUUACCCUGCCACCAGGGUUGUAGGGUGACAUUUCACCUUGACGCUGGUCAGAUUUUGCAUUUCCCCCACUUAUGGUUAAGAUUAGGUGAGGGGAAAUCUGAACUGAUCAUAGAUCUGUUCCUAGAGGAAACUUGACCCUGAAGUGCACAGAGGACUUAAUCUUCUCAAGAAAACCAAUGCUUAUAUUAACGAAGUCUGCUUAUCAGAUGAGGCUGAUGGGCAGAGACUAUUGUAAUGGCUGGAAUGUACGGUAUCAAACACAUGGUUACAAUGGUCCCGCCCUCCUAUAUUGACGCCCACCAGCCACCACUGAUAUGUAUGUAUAUGAUCUGGAUGUCAUUGUAAAGGGAGGGAAUCUGUCAUGUAUGUUAGUAUUUUUAGGACAUUUUUUCCCACCACUUUAUUUGUUUAACUGUAAUCUAUAUGAUAUUACCCUAUAAUCACACAGCAUUACUAGUCUGGCUAUACCUGCCAUGCCAAGUAAAAGGCUUUCAACAAUGAAUAGGGUCACUUUCAAUCACUUCAGCCAAUCCUUUUUAACUCAUAUCAUCAGUGAAACAUAGGAUACUCUACAAUCCAGUGCUUGACUUGGGCCGGAACACACCAAUAUAAACUGUACCGGCACCUAAAAUGAGUACCGACACACAAAAGGAUUUCAGUCAAGCACUGCUACAAUCGACUGGGUUUGUUUUAAGCAUCAACUUAAUAGUUAAUUAAGCCCCACCAUGGAGUAGCACCAUAUCAUAGAGUUUAAGAUUAAAGCUAGAGCACUGAUGUCUUAGACAAAUCAGACCACACUGAUCGGUUAAAAUUAGCGAGUGACCGUUCUAUUGCAUUUGACAGCAGAGUAUCGUCUGCUAUUUUUUUAUUCAUCUCCUGACAAUACUACAUGUUGAAUCGUCUCCGUUCGUCGACACCCAGCAGGCAUCUUCUGCGUACAGCCCACGUUUGUUACAUUAGACAAAAGCCCAUAUCUGGUGUCCCUUUCAACAGAUAUUAACAGGUUUUAAAAGAUGUGGGUUUUAUACAUUGGCUGAAACAUUUAUAAUUGAUGUGCAUAUGUUUUUAUAAAUACUUAUGUCUUUGAACACAUAAUUGUCUGUAUAUUUAACAUGAUGCAUUAUGUUUGAAAGAUGAAUAACUCUGAGGAGAUAUGAAACAGUGCAACAUAUUGUUGUAAGGAGUACUAUGAUUACUGUCUUGUUCUUGACAAUGGCAUGGUGUAGCACUGGUAACUGUGUGAGGAACAGUAGUGUACCUCUGGUCAAACGUAGUGCACUAUAUUGGAAAUAAGCUCCCAUUUGGGAUGUACACCGAAGUCUCUUUCUUGUCGUAUUGUUGGAGAGUCGAUGGGCUCAGGGAACUGUUUUCCAUACUCACACAUGUUUCUGUGAUCCAUGUCUCCUACUUCUGUGUUUUCCUGAGUUCUCUGGCCCAAGAGCAUAACUUGAGUACUCUAUUGCACAUGAGGUUGGUGGCACCUUUUUUAAUUGGGGACGACGGGCUACUGGUAAUGGCUGGAGUGGAAUUGUAUCAAACACAUCAAACACAUGGUUUCCAUGUGUUUGACGCCAUUCUGUUUACUUCAUUCCAGCCAUUACCGCAGAGGCUGUCCUCCCCUCAGCAGCCUCCACUGCUCUAUUUUAAGAAUUUGUAAAUUCAUGUUACUUCACUCACAUAUGGAAAAUAGAACUCAUAUAUUACAUUCCUACUUUUGUCAUUUAGCCUACAGCCACAUAGAUACGUAGAUAUGUUGUGUCCAAAACUUCCGGAUUGAGCAAAUGCUUUUUCAUUAUCCGUUGAUUAUUGUCAGACAACUGCACAAGUCGUCUUGUCUUUUUACACAUGCAACUUGUCCUAAGAUAGUUUCAUUGAGUUAAACUUCUGAUGGACAAAAACAGAAAACUGAUGAAUGCAUAUAAGGUUUCAUCUGCGCUCAUGCAUCUCUGUGUGGCCGCAGCCAUAUGAAAAUGUCAAUUUGAAUAUUUUUUUCCAGUAGAUGGCACAGAUCAAUCACAAAAUAAAGAAAUGUAGGAUGUCG